AUGUCAACGACUCAACCCCAAGAUACCAUAAAGGCGAGUGACCUUAAACUGUGUCUCGAAACUGCCAUGGAGACUCGAGUGCGGCAAUAUCAGAAGGUUAUUCCUUUCGCGGUCAGAUGGGAAGCCGACCAAACGAAGGCAGAACGUGAUACGAAAAACUUCAACAUGAUCCUACGUAGUCUCGGAUUCCCUUCGGCUAUUGAAUACAUCAUCCCAGCGGGCGACAAAGUCCCGGGAUGGGGUCUUAGACGCAAGUUUAUGGAUAUGGUUGGCGAAGGCCUGACAUGUGACGGCCGUUCGCUCGUCAUGGUUCAUUACGCUGGCCAUGGCAGGGAGAGCCCAAGUGGCGAGCUUCUAUUGUGCGGCCCAGGAAACAAAAACAUUCAAGCUUCUUUUGCCCUAUUCAGCAGUGUGGAUGACAAAGCACAAAUAGAUGGCGUGGACGUGAUUUUCAUACUUGAUUGCUGCUGGUCUCACUUGGCAACUCGGUCUGUGGACAAUCGUGAAAGGGUUACGGAGGUCGUGGCGGCCACCAGUUUCCAAGAUCCAACCGCGAAUAUACCUGGUAGCAAGGUAUCCUUGACGGCACGGCUCUCGGCAGCUAUUGCGAAGGCCGUAGGCCAGAAACACGAACAUAUUGAGUUCGCCGAGUUGGUCAGGGACUUGAGGGCGGAAGAUACGCCAAAGAAGCCUACAUAUGGCUUACUCGCUGGAACGAGCUCAAUCCGGCUCAAGCUCCCCGGGUCCUAUGCCCCAUUUUCUCUCCCUGGCCCCGCUACUCUGCGGGCUUACUUUUCUAUCCAUGUGCACCCCAGCAUGGGACAAAUCGGUCUGGAUUCCCUGGCUGAAUGGAUCAAUAGACUCCCUCCAUAUUUUAUUUUCGAAAUUGACAAAAUCUUCGAAACUGAAUCCCAGUGCUGGCUUGUCUAUGCAGAUUGGGCUCUAUAUUCGAAGUUGGCAGGCUUACCAGGGAUCGCAUUCAUAUGCGAGACCAAAGGGGUUGACGUAUGGCACAAUCGGCACAAAGCCAACCAGGGAAAGAAACAAGUUCAGAAGGAAGUACCAAAGAAGGAAGACACCAGAAAGGAGAACGUCAAGCCAAGUACUGGAGCUUAG